ACGAAAUUCUCAUGAAGCCGGCGUCUUGUGACUCACCGGCAUUUCGGUCGUCCACCGGGAAGGAGUAGCUAUCUCUCCUCUAUUUAAUUUAUUUAUUGUAGCUCACUUUGCAAUUGAAGGAACCCAACAUGCUUGCCCUGUGCCUUUACGUCCCCGUAUCCAACUCCGACCCGGUGGAAGUGGACUACUUCGAGUCGAACGGACUUCCGACCGAACUCAAUUCGCUCUUCAACAAACUGAGCGUGUUUCUGCCGUCCCAGGAGUUUUCAACCUACCAAAGAUGGCGAAAAAAAACCCAAGAGAGGGACGCCAAGAUGUCUGACGACCAGCUGGAUUUUGAGGAAUUUGUGCACUACUUGCAGGACUACGAGAAGGAUCUGAAGCUGGUGCUAAAGCCCCUGGACAAGAGGAAUGCAGGCCGAGUGGACAGCAAGGAAUUCAUCCAGGCUCUCCAAGACAUCGGCGUGCACAUUUCCCAUCACCUCGCCGAGAAAGCCCUUAAGAGCAUGGACAAGAACGGCAUCAUAACCAUCAGCAGUAAAGAAUGGAGCAAGUACCCCACCGUGGAGAAGACCGAGGGCAUUCCCGAGAUCAUCCUGUACUGGAAGCACUCCACGAUCUUUGAUGUGGGCGAGAACCUGAUGGUCCCCGAUGACUUCAGCACAGAGGAGAAGCAGAGUGGCACUUGGUGGCGCCACCUGGUGGCGGGCGGCGGAGCGGGCGCCGUUUCCAGGACGUGCACGGCGCCUCUGGAUCGCGUCAAAGUCAUGAUGCAGGUGUACGGCUCCAGAAGUAACAACAUGUGCAUCAUGAGCGGCCUGAUGCAGAUGAUCAAAGAAGGCGGCGUGCGCUCACUGUGGCGAGGCAACGGCAUCAACAUUAUCAAGAUCGCGCCCGAGUCGGCCCUCAAGUUUAUGGCGUACGAGCAGAUCAAACGUCUGAUCGGCAGCGACAAGCAGACGCUGAGCAUCUCGGAACGCUUCGUGGCCGGAUCGCUGGCCGGAGUCAUUGCCCAGAGUGCCAUUUACCCCAUGGAGGUGUUGAAAACCCGCCUGGCUCUGAGAACGACAGGCCAGUACGCCGGCAUCUCCGACUGCGCCAAGCAGAUCUUCUGGCGGGAGGGCCUGGCGGCGUUCUACAAAGGUUACGUGCCGAACAUGCUGGGCAUCAUCCCCUACGCCGGCAUCGACCUGGCCGUGUACGAGACCCUGAAGAACAGCUACCUGCAGCAGUACGGCGCUAGCGAUGCCGGCGUCCUGGUGCUCCUGGCAUGCGGCACCGUGUCCAGCACCUGCGGCCAGCUUGCCAGCUACCCGCUCGCUCUCGUGAGGACGCGCAUGCAAGCGCAAGCCGCGGCAGGCAGCGGCCAGCAAGCGACCAUGACGGGGCUCUUCCGGCAGAUCCUGCGGGCCGAAGGUCCGACGGGCCUCUACCGGGGGCUGGCGCCCAACUUCCUGAAGGUCAUCCCCGCCGUCAGCAUCAGCUAUGUGGUGUACGAGCACAUCAAGAAGCAGCUAGGCGUCACCUCGCGCUGACCGCCCACCGUCCUCCCUGCCAGGGGAUCCCACCCACCCACGGGAGGGGGUUUGUGAAGCUUGAGCUCAUUCUGUGAAUGUCAGCUGACGAAAGACGGGCCGGGGAGGCCGUCCGCGUUGGCCCGCUGCUAUUUAUUAUUACGGUUGCGUAAGCGACCGAACCUUGAGGACCAAUAGUUGGAAGGCAAAGCGCGAUUGUGUUUGAGUGGAUAAUAUUGCACAGUUGAUUUGCUCCGCUGCCACACACUAUUUAUUUCCAUGCACUAUUUAUUAUUUUUAUUGUCGAGCGGGACGCAAACGCUCCCGUUUUCAUGCGCUCGUGUGUUCAAGAGAGCCAGUUGUGCUUUAAAAACGAAGGCCUUAAUGAGUGGUGGAAAAACUAUCCGAGUGUUGGAGUUAUCACUGUGGGUGAUCUGCAGAAUUGUCCUACUGUUUACCUCAGGUUAAAGAAAUCACACAAGUGUUAGAAUUUUUUUAUUUGGAGGGGGGCGGCAGUUUUGUCAAAAGAAAAAAUUGAGCAACUUAUUGCACUUUAAUCCUUGUGGGGAAAAGCCUCAACGUCACAGCAGUCCAGGUAUUACAGGGAAGACUUUGUUUAUAGUAUUUUUAAAGACCUAUUUUCAUGCAAAUAAAUGCAAAUUCUUGUUCAAUGGAAAAAAAA